UCGUCUCCCCCAAAUCCAUUUCGUUUCUGGUUAACCUCAAGCUCGCCCCUCUCUCUCUCUCUCUCUCCAUCCCUCCUCGCUCCCAAUGUUUUCUCUCGCUUCUUGAUUUCUUGAGAGAGAAAGAGUCCAAUCUUUCAGAUCUGAAACCGGAUUCUUUCUUUCUGAUUAAUUUGCGUUUUCUGCGCAAAUCGAUGUCUUCAACCUACUGGUGCUACAGAUGUAACCGCUUCGUGAGGGUUUGGACCCAGGGCUCCGUCAGCUGUCCCGAUUGCAGCAGUGGAUUCGUCGAAGAAAUUGAGGCUCCGAACAGAUCCUCGCUCUCCGACUCCCGCCGCCGCCGCUUCCCCGCUGCGGCGAUGUAUAUGAUGCGGACGCCUGAUUCGGGCCCCGGCUCGGGGUCCGGAUCCGCCACGGGGUCUAGCCCGAGGCUGAGACGGAGCCGCAGGAAUGGGGGCGAUCGCUCGCCGUUUAAUCCAGUUAUUGUUCUUCGCGGGCCGAAUGAGGGCGGCGGCGGAGCUGCCGCCGGAGCUGCCGGAGCAGGAUUUGAAUUGUUCUACGACGAUGGUGCGGGAUCGGGUCUACGACCGCUGCCAGCUAGUAUGUCGGAGUUCUUGCUGGGUUCUGGUUUCGAUAGGUUGCUGGAUCAAUUGGCUCAAAUUGAGACUAAUGGGAUUGGGAGAAUCGACAGCAAUCCGCCAGCGUCGAAGGCUGCCAUCGAGUCUAUGCCAACGAUUGAUAUCUCCGACGAUCAUGUGGAUAUUGAGUCGUAUUGCGCGGUCUGCAAAGAGGCUUUUGAGGUUGGGGGUGAGGCUCGCGAGAUGCCCUGCAAGCAUUUGUAUCAUCAAGAUUGUAUUAUGCCGUGGCUGUCGCUGAGAAAUUCGUGCCCCGUGUGUAGACAUGAGCUGCCGACUGACAAUGAGAGUGUUGGUGCUGGUGCUGGUCAGGAUGUCAGUGAAGGGAACCGAGCGAAUGAGGUCGGGAAUGAUGAUGAGACGGUUGGCUUGACGAUAUGGAGACUGCCCGGUGGCGGGUUUGCGGUGGGGAGGUUUUCGGGCGGGAGGGGAGGGGGAGAGAGGGAGUUGCCGGUGGUUUACACGGAGAUGGACGGGGCCUUCAAUAACAAUGGGGCACCGAGGAGGAUUUCGUGGGGUUCUAGAGGUAGUAUUUCGAGGGAGAGGAGUGGAUUGAGGAGAGUCUUGAAUCGUUUGUUUGCGUGUUUUGGCAGAGGUGGAUCUUCGACUUCUACUGCCAGCUCCGACUCUAGGAUGAGUAGGAGGAGCGGCAGUGGCUCGCUGUCAUCAGUAUUUAGUUCUACGUCGAGGCAGCGUAGAGGAUGGGGUUUUGAAGUUAAUGAUGGCAGUGAAAGGAGAUGGUGAGUUUUGGAUGGAAUGAAGAUGGUGAGUUUUCCAAAUAUUGAACUAGAAUGUGGUGAAGGAUUGUGGAAAGGUAAUAAACCCUCCAUGAUCCAAAGGCCUCUUGUGAUUGAAUUGGCUUUUUGGAAAUGGGGAGAGGAGUAGUAUCCAUUCAAUGUAUCAAAUUGCUUUCUAAAUUCAAGAAUCCCUUUUUAUUUUGCCCCUCUCUGUAGCAUUUGCACAAUAUGUAGUUACUUUGGUAAUGCUAUUUUAUUUGAGAUUUUGUGAAUUAAAAUAUCUAAAUUCGCUUACAAAGCUCAAUGAAAGUGGUUCUUUUUUCUUU